AUGAUGCGGCAUCUCAACCGCACCCUCCCGGACUUUUCGCACUUGGUCGUAGCAGGGACCAACUUCGAAGUCUUCACCCGGGCGUGGUGCAUUGCAGAGAUCGUGGAGUCCGGCAUGUCGGACAUCAAGCAACGCAUCCUGAUCCACUCCGAGGAAACCUUGGAUUGCAACUACCAGCGGCUGACGUGCAUCGACGUGCGCCGGUGUCAGGCCACAC